ACAGUAUUUAUGUUGUUGUUUUGAUUUGGCUGCCGGAUUGACCGAAUCGAACAUGGUAGUUAUACAAUAAAUUCGUUAUUAUUGCAUUAAAAAUAUUUCCGCUGUUCGAAUCAAUUGUUUGUGCUCUGUCGCUGUUUUCAUUCAAAAUGUCACUCCGGGUAUUAGUGCAAAGUGCUCGGCUUCAAACCAUACCUUCGUUUCUAGCAUCUUCGAAGGGCCUUACGCAAAUUAUUUCCGGAAGGAGUACAUCAGGGCCAAGCAUCAGAUGCCUGUGCUCAAAAGCAAACGACAAGCUCGGUACUACUCCGGACAGUCCCGGCUUCAAAGUGUACAAUGGUAUAUUGACGCCUCAAAUCCGGAUGGUGAAAGUUUUUUCAUUGGCUACCAGUUUGGGUGGAAUUGGUGCGCAGCCGAUACUGCUGGAACAGGCCAGCAAAAUCGGAGGCACUCCAAUGAUCGUUGCCAUCUGUGGUUUCGCGGGGUUCUUCACAUUCGUAACUCCGUUCCUGCUGCAUCUGAUCACCAAACGGUAUGUCACGGAGUUGCACUAUGACGACACGACGAAGGAGUAUACUGCUACCACAAUCACGUUUUUGCUCCAGAAACAAAUGACUAAAUUUAAAACUGAGAACGUGGUAGUUCCCGAGGUGCCCGGUAUGUUCACCACAUUCAUGGUCGGUGAUAAGUCGCUGUUUGUUGAUCCGUCGCUUUUUGCGGAUCCAACACAUUACAUCAAAAUCAUGGGCUACGAUAAGCCGAUCGAUUUCAAGUUCGAGGAAGCACGACAAAAUGCAGAGGACUCUAGUAAAAAGUAGUGCUCUUCAUAACUGAAGUGGAAUAAAGUUACGUUAUGCUAGUCAGGA